AUGUCCAAGCCCAAGCCCGGCCUGGGCAAGGGCAUCGCGCGCACCCUCGCCCCGGUGCAGGCGACUCGGAGUGUAGCGCGCCUUCACCCUCCUGCGCCAGUGCCGCUGUGGGAAGCGACUGGUAGGCGCUCCUACAGCGCAGCCCCGAUACGUUCCUCGGUCGAUGCCUACCCUUAUCCGUCAUCAUACCUGCCCCCGUCGCUUCUGUUCGACCGGCCGCGGGCCGGUCCCUCCAGUGCGCGGUUCGAGUUCGCCCCACCAGUGACGACACUGCCCGUCCUCCGCGUGCCCUCACCGCCUCAUCCGGCCAAGACAGCUCGGCCAUUCGAGACGCACACAGUGCUGUCACCGACAGGGACUAGCGCACCGGUCCCACCGCCGCUGGCCUUUGGAGCCCGACCAGAGGAGAUAGAGGUCACGACGGCGGCACCGGUGCCCGAUCCCAACAACCUGAACCUCUACUCGUCCAAUCUCAUCUUUCAUCUCGGCGCAGCCGGAUCGCCAAAGGACCGACCACCAACUCCGCCUCGACGAGGAGGCGGCGACCCGCCUCCACCGCGACAGCGCUCCUUCCCCUUGCCGGACGUGACGCCGCCUGCGUCACUGACAUCAACAGCAGUCGGCGAGGACAGCUACUUUGCGCGUGUGGACGGGGUGUGCGUCGCUGACGGCGUCGGCGGGUGGAGUCGCUCCGGCAAGGGCCCAGGCGACCCGGGACGGUGGGCGCGGCUGCUGACGCACUUCUGCGAGGAGGAAGUUGCGCGCUGGUGGGCUGGUGCGGACGAGUAUCUCGCGGACAGCGGGGACUGGAAGCGCGCCUUUGCUCGGGACAAGCAGCCGCAGCGCCGGCCGCUGGACCCCGUCGAGAUCAUGCAGAGGGGAUACGAGAAGUGCCUCGCCUGCGCGGCCCAGGAGGGCAUCUAUGGCAGUUCCACCUGCCUCCUCGCGCUGCUGCACCACAGCACUUUGCUCGUCGCAAACCUGGGCGACUGCUCCCUGCUCGUCGUGCGCCGGGGCGAGGUCGUCUUCCGCACGAGCGAGAUGCAGCACGCGUUCAACUUCCCACUCCAGCUCGGCACGCACUCGCGCGACGAGCCAAUGAAGGAUGCGAAGCGCUACGACAUUGGCGUGGAGAAGGAGGACGUGGUGAUUGUCGGCAGCGACGGGCUGAUGGACAAUCUCUUCGACGAGGACAUUCUCGAGACGCUGUCCGAAUUCGCGCCGCCGGCGCAACAGUCCAACCUGCCCCCCUUCAGUCCACAGAUCGUGAGCGAGGCGCUGUGCAACCGCGCGCGCGAGAUUAGCGAGACGACAACGGCAACGACCCCCUUCAUGAUGCGCGCCAUUGAGGAGGGAAUCGACUUUGUCGGAGGCAAGCGGGACGACAUUAGCGUCCUCGUCGGCGUCGUCGGGGACAGGGACUCGAACCUCGUGCUCGAGGCGGCGUAG